AUGUGGAAGCUGACGAGAUUAUUUUGCAUUUUCUCGGUCUCUCCUCGGUGUAGCUCCUCCAGAUGCCAUUCAUCGAUUACAAGACAAGAUUUCGGCAAAUACUUUGAGCAAGUUGUUGCUGAAAGUUUGAAGAAAUACUCAUUUGAUGUAACUGCUUGCGGUGGACCCAGAGACAGAGGUAUUGAUUUUAGAGGGGCAUGGCUUUUGAAAUCGUCCCCUGUGCGUGUUAUUGGGCAGUGUAGGCGCCACAAGCGACGCUUAGGUCCAAAGCAUGUACGUGAAUUGGAGGGUACUUUGAGUCAUGAAGUGAAAGGAACUCUGGGUAUCAUCGUGUCAGAGAGUGGGUAAGUAGGAAAUUAAUUGUUAGCAGGAAGAUCCUAGAUCUCUGGGGUAUGUUCUUUGUUCGGGGGGAGAGCGUCGCCACAUUUCUCAUCUGACACUGAUUAUCGUGCCUUUGAAGAUUCUCCAGCCGUGCUGUUUUAGACUAAAGAGGCUCAGCUGGUUUGGGUUUUAACAUUGACACAAGUUCAUGUAACAAGUGUGAGUGUGUAUGAGAAGGGAGAUGGGGUCUGAUGGUUCAUGGGAUCCCUCUCUAUCUUGUGAGAAAGUUUUAAAGAUUUUCCUCUUUUGAUACAAAGCCAAAUCUCUGCAUUCCCUGAAUUCUAGUUUGAUGUUACAUGCCUCGUAACUGUACAACUGAACUUUGUCAGGUACGUAUAAUAGCACAGUUACUGUGACCCUUUUGCUAAUUAUCUACAGUCUUAGAUUGAGGACAAAAAUAUUAAAACAGGUAAAGGUUUCAUGUUACACAGUAGUAUAGUCUCUCAGAAGCAGUCCCCCUACCCUCCCAGAAGAUUCACAGCACCUACUUUUUUUGUAGGAUGGAGUGAGACACUGUGAGAGUUAACCCUCUAACUCUCAAGAUCUGAUGCUUAAUUCUCUCCUCUAGUUGCUACAUAUUCCCUUGUAAAUUAGUUUCAAGAAUGUGGUGUUUGAUCAAGAUGAUAACUUCUACCUGAUAAGUCUGAGUAAUCUCCUUACCUUUUUGCUGGAUGUUAAUCUCUUCUGGGAGCUUAAGGGUUAAGUGUCUUGCUCAAGAACACCACAAAGUAUCUGCAAGUGAAGCUAACAAUUCACUUUUAUUGUGGAGCCCAGUUUGCAAACCAAUGAUUCAAUCUGUCUUUUACACAAAAUAAUAUUAGACUGGCCACUAUCAAGGCUAGAGUGGCUUAUUGUUAAUCUGAUUUUUAUUUCCACAGUUACAGCAAAAAUGCCAAUGAGGUUUUCAUGGGUUCUCCUUAUCCUGUUGUCCUUACAACAUUAACAGGCUACAGUGAUGAUUUACUUCAGUGGUAUUUUGAUCAAGAAAGUCAUGAAAACAAUUGCAACAAAAGUCAAGAUUUUGUAGAUUGUAAUUCAUACAAAAAUGUACAGUAUCCAAAAGCGGAUGAUUCUUUACCAAGUGACAUCAAAACACUGGACAACUACAGACAGAAUUGUUUGAAAAUUAAUAAGAUGGAUGGAACUAAUCAUGAAGAGGUAGAAUUUUUUCAUGAAAAGUCAGUACAACGAGAAGAAGAGAGGAAUCUUGUCAACAAAGAUGAAUCUAGGGGAUUAGCAGAGUCAGCCAUAUACUCAGUCCUACAUCAUUAUGGUUCUUCUGUGAGAACAGGGAUGGACAAUGAAUUAUUGGUGAACAAAGUUGGGAAAAUUGUUAGAGAUGGUGAAAAGUUAACAAACUCUGAUUUUCUUGAUUUGGGUCAAGGACAGUUUACUAUGUUUGAGUUAAAUCCAGCUGCAAGAAAGUUAUUGCCAAAUGUGGUAGUUGGUUUGGAGUACAGAAUGCAAAAUUCUAGAACACCUGAACUUUUCUUGCAUGAAGACAAUUCAUUUGUUAAUUUACCAGAUCAAUAAUAGUAAAUUUGUUCUGAGUGGACUACAAUUUUGUCUGAACUCAAGUGCAUGAUUUCAACAUUAAAUGAAUGUGCAGCACAAGUUUGAUUAGAAAUCACAAGUAUGAUUUCAGAUGAAAAUUGAGCAAUGUGAAAUUCAAUUGCCACUUUAUUGCAUUUACUUUAAAAGUACAAAACUCAGUCACUCAAUACAAUUGAGUUCUCAAAGUUGUCUCUCAUUUUCCUGCAAUUUGAUUAAUUAAUUUCUUAAACAAGCCCUGAAAUUUGAUUGGUUGUUGUUUUAGUAAAGCUAAGUCAUUUGCUGGGAAAAGGUGCCAUUUAGAAUAUAAAAUGGUGCAAUUUGUGAAUAAAUUGCACCUGUUAGAGCCAAUCAGAUUGCAGGGAUCACAAGUGAUUUUAAAAUGGAUGUGAUAAAAUGGUAGAGAGUCGAACCUGUAUUAUUUGGCACCAUGUUAAGUGGUCACCCUGUAUUAAGUGGUUUGUUGUCAAAGUCCUGAUUUUAAUUUCCCUUUGUUACAGUAAUUUUCACCUAUUUUGAGCAGUGAACUCUAUCAAGCGGUUGUGGUCACCCUUAACUAAGUUGCAACAGCCUGUUUGUAUUGUCUUCCACCUGUAAUGAAUGGUCUCCUAAAACAAAACCACUCAAAUAAAGCUAUAAGAAGAAUAAUUCAUGUGAAAUUUAAUCCAUAUUUCUCUCCCAAAUCAAUGUUAGUUGUAGUUUGAGGGAUUUUUAGUACAUUUAGUGGUCAAUUUGGUAUAUAAUGGUAUUAUUUAUCAUUAUUAAUGUUACCCCUCUUUUGUAGAACCUGUAUUAAGCAGUCAACCUAUAUAAAUGCAAUUACCCUGGACACUUCCCUAUAGGUGACCGCUUAACCCUUUAACUCCCAAGAUCUAUUUUGUAAUUCUCCUUAAAGUCUACCAUACAGUUUUUGUGGUGUUAGUUUGGAGAAUUUAGGAUUGGAUUAACUUCUAAUCCCCUAAUUGAUGUUUUUCUUUAUUCUCCUUACUUGUCUACAUGGUAUUGUAUUUACAUUGUGAAGGGAAAUUCUGUCUUG